AUGGUCCUCGCGCUGCGGCAGCCCGCGGCGGCCGCCGACUCCUCCCGCGGGCCCGCGGCGCGGGCCGGUGCCAGCGCCGCGGAUGACGCGCAGGACGACGUGGAUUCUGGCCUCGGCGAGUCCACCCUGCAGGCGGUGCUGCAGAACUGCUACAACGUCUUCAGGCUGCUGCACGGCCAGGUCCAGUCGUACGUGAAGGAGCACUCCUUGCACAAGCUCUUCGACCUGCUGGAGGACUUCAUCCCGGCGUUCCUGGAGACCAUCGACGCGAGCGACCUCGGCAUCUUCCACACGCUCGACGGCUUCCACUACGGCCCCGUGGAGCGGAGCACGUGCGUGUCGAUCCACUGCUUCUUGGGGAAGCUGCAGGAGCAGUUCCCCAUGAUCCGGCACGCGGCCCUUCUCUACAACGCGCACCUGAUCUACACGAGCGUACCCCUUAGAGAUAUGAAGGUGCUCUACAGCUACCUCGUGUCCUUCAACGGGGCGGUCUCCAACCAGAAGCUGAACAGGACUCCAUUCGGCAGGAUCCCCACGGCCGCGUCCCAUCUUGGGGGCGGCAGCAGCUCGUUCGGCCGUGCUUUCCUCCUCGCCGAAGAGGAGGACUUCCUGUUCGGGGUGUCGCGGCGGCCGAGCAGCGGGGCGGGCAGCGGGCCCUCGUCCCUCUUCGUGCCCGCCGUCUACCUCGCGGAGGGCGGCGCGGGGCAGCUGGUGGCCCUGACGUACCGCGGGGUGAUGCUGGUGCUGGUCUUCGAGGAGAGCGCGCAGCUCGACGCCCGGGUUCUCGAGGCCGUGCGCACGACGUGCACGCGGAGCACGGGCGACGGCCUGUCGCUGGCCGAUUUGCACCCCCUGAUCGCGCCGCAGUACGCGCAGGUGAUGGAGCACGAGGACGAGUACCGGUUCGCGUAUUACAACCACACGAACCACGCCCUGCGCCUGUCGAACCAGCCGGGCAGGGCGCGGUCGCUGCUGGGCGGCAUCCGCUCCGCGAGCGCGGGGCCACGGCUCGGCGAGAGGGGGCUGCUGUGCCCGCUGCACGCCACGCUGUCGGACAGCCGCCUCCGGUGCCGCGAGGUGUCCUGGAAGUCGGCGGACCGCGGGUGGAUCUGCGCCAAGAGGUGGCGGGAGCGCGAGUUCUACCUGCUGCUCGACGGCGCCGGUACGACUUUGUCGCGCUGCCAGGAAGAGUGCGCCAGGUUUGCGUCCAUCCACUUCAGCAACAUAUUCAUGAUGUGA